AUGACAUGUACUCUAUAUGCUGUUUUCUUGCAGAAGAUAAAACUAACUCCAGGCGUGUGGUACUGGAAAGUUGAUACUAACACACUUGAAUUUGCAAGCUCCAGUCCAGCAGUUGAGGAAAACCUUAAGGAAGGAAAAAAUACUCACUUUCAGGAAAUAUGUGUGAAGACAUUAAAGAGCAUCUUCCAAGAUGAUUGCAGUGCAACACUCCCUGAUAGGAGGCUGGCUGACACAGAAGGAAAAUUGCAUAGGCUGUCAAAGUGGACGCAACAUGAAUAUGUGACGUUGGAUGAUGUCAAAUAUGCUGUUUUGCUUUUGAAAGAAGCAAAUGACUCACAUCACAUGCUACCAUUUGCAGCAGUUAUGAGGAAUGAGAAGCUAGAUGAGUUCCUCAUGGCCCUGCUCUUCUACCUUUCUUUUUACCUGGAAAAAAUUGCCCUGGAAAAGAAAUACAGAUCGUUGAUUUCGACUAUGAUAUUUGUAGAGAAGAAAGAAAUGGAUGAAGUGUUGGUGAAGUUAGCGGUGGCCAGGAUUCACCUUGCCAAGGUGUAUGCUAACCUUACCCUUGAACAAGGCAUGGCACAGCAGCAACACAAGCCUGGUGGAAAGAGAAGCACAUCGUUGCAGAAAGGUCGGAGCUACUUUGAGGGCUUUUACAACUUCAGCAACUAUGUGGCUUGGCUUGUGUUCAGAUGGAAGCACUUCCAAGUGAUCUGGGAAGAAAUCGGCAGGCUUCUUUGCUCCGACAUGUUCAAUCCCGCUGUAAGAGACAGGAACAACGUUGACCUGCAGAAAUCAGGAAACCGGAAUGCUGAUACAGCGUGACUGCCGUAGCUGAGAAAAGCCCACGCCAAGCAUCCUUCCAUAAACAGCAUGGUUCACCAGCGCUCGCCAGUGCUCAGCACGCUGCUGCCCUCACCAAAGGACAGUGCUCGGUACCUCUUCCAGAACCACUGCUGUCGGGGCAGCGACUCUGGGCCUUGCAAGUGUGGUGGCCUGCCAGCCUGCUCAGAAUUGUUCCCUACCAAAGUGGGCAUCGUUGGAGCUCAUUGUAGUGAGUUAAAAUGUUUAAUGAGCAUGCCUGAUGGGCUGAUGGAGGGGGAAGAGGAAGAGGAAAAGGAAGAGGAAGAACAAGGAAGAAUAAGGAGUGGUUUCUCCAUCCUGACAGAUGACCUCGGUUUGCCAUCUCUGAGAACCCCACAAAACAAGCGUAGAGUCAGAGCACCGGGCUCUCAAGGGCGGUGGCAGGAGGUGACU